UGGGUAGGUCGAUCGGUCGGUCGGUCGGUCUGUCUGUUUGUCUGCCGUGCACGUGACGACUGACGACCACGUUUCAGGAGUGAACAUGCAGGCAGUAUUGGACGAGUUUUAUGCACAGAUCGUGGACAAACUGGAACGAGACGAGCUGAUACCGGCCUACAAGCGGUCAAUGCACCGCGAGUACCUGGCCACCGUGGUGGACGGGCUGUGCGGACAGUGGUGCGGCCGGGAUAGGCGUCGGGCUUGCGAGGCUGCGGUGGCCGGGUCCGUAGCCUACCACGGCCGCGUGGUCAGGCACAACGGGUCCGUGUGCCCGCUUGGCAAACACCAUGACAUGCUGUACGUGGUGGCCCGCUUCGCYAUGGAUGCAGACGCCGGUCCCGAACCCGUGGCCGCGCUGUUGGCCGCCAUUUACACGUGCGAGAAAACGUUGGAAAAGCUUUUCGAGGGCGCCGUGGUUGGCAGCAAAGUGGCGCGCAUGAUCAGCGGCCGGUGGACGGACUUCGGGGCGACCGUUGCCGAUAACCGGAUGGCGCUGGCAUUCUAUCUGGACCGGGCGACGCGCGCGCGACUCCUACUCGACGGCCGCCGAAUGCAAGACGUCUGGAUGCGGUCGUACCGGGCGGCGCCCGUAAUGGUGGCCGUGGCCACGGGAGACCUGGCCGCCGUGGCCAUGCUGUUGCGGUACGGCCCGGACGAGCGGUCGGUGCGCGCGGCCAUCGCUUACUUGCGCCGCCGUUGCGCAGAUCAAGAGCCACGCGGCCCACCGUUCGCCGAUCGCGACCAGUCGUGCCUGGAACUGCUGCUAAGAGCUGUCGCUUACGAGGGCGGUGCAGGGUUUGGUGGUGUCACUGGUGACAUGGAUGGCAGUGGCGGCGGGUGCGGCAGUCGCGACGAUUGUGGCGGAUGCGAUGGCGCCGGUGCAGGGGGCAGUGGCGUCAAAGUCGUACCGGUGCCGCCGACAUUGCUGCACCUGGCCAGGUGCGCCGUACGCAAAGCAUUGCACCAAAACUUCAGUCUACCGCACGGGAUACUGCAGUUACCCUUGCCCAGGUCAUUGGUAUCGUAUUUAGACCUCGAGUGUUGAUCCACGACGUUAUACUCUMCCUUACCCGCCAARCCGUCMGUCCAACCAAUCAUAAAUAUUAAAUUAAAUUCGUUAUACUUGUGCUACAUCGAAUACGAUUGCAGGUCGUUCAAAUAAAAUAAUGAUACACACUUAACUGGUAGUUUUAUAAUUUAUUUAUUUUUUGUUAAUAUCUUAUACGUUUCCAAUAGUUUCGCUAGAUCUUUCCACYGUAAUCUUAAUGCUUGUAAUACUGAUAUUCGGCUAUAGUCAAAGGCGCAACUAGGGACAGUUUUUCGCKGUGGGCGGGGGGAUAGAAAUGUAUUGGCAGCACACACCCGGCUAAUAACUAUUUUAAAGAUUUAAAUAUGAUUUUAAAAAACCGGGCAGACAAGUGUAUGAUGGCUCCUAUUGCAUUCGAUGAAUUUAUUUAUACAGCGUAGUUAUAAAUUAACCACCCAAAGAGUGAAAUA